AUGCCUUCCGAUCUCGCAUACUGGCUCAUAUCGGCUCCGCUGAAAGAUGGAGAUCCUAGGGUUAUGCUGGAUGAAGUGGCGAGAGCGCUGGAUGGUAGUAGUCCCGUAGGCGGAUGGGAGAUUCCCGAAUUGAAGGCCGGUACCCUUUCUUCCCUACUCAACCUCUCCGACUCCUUACCCAAAGUGGAUGCCCAAUUCACACAAUCCGUCUCGAAAAUCCUCGAUAACCUUCGGUCUCUCCUUUCAGGCGAUGAUGGUAAACUCUCACAACAUGCCAGAGUCAAUGAUCGACCGGCGGAAGAAUGGCUUAUGCCUAGUAACGGGUUUUGGAGAUGGGACAAAGGUCGUUGGGGUGUUGGAGGAAAAGUAGGGGAUGUGGUGGAUGCUUUGACUAAGGAGAUGAACACUAUAGAGUCUACCCAAAAGCAAAAGGCUCAGUCAUACGCUUUGGUAAAAGGGAGCCUGAACAACAUACAGAGGAAACGAACAGGUAAUUUGUCACAGAGGAGCUUGUUGGAAGUGGUGAAAAAAGAGGAUUUAGUGGAGAAUAGUGAAUUUCUGGAAACAUUGGUGGUAGCUGUGCCAAAAAAUCUGGAGAAGGAAUGGCAAAAUAAAUACGAACGGUUAACAAGCAUGGUCGUCCCCAGGAGCUCUCAACGGAUAGCGACUGAUGAUGAGUUCAUGCUGCAGACUGUAACGGUUUUCAAAAAGGUUCGAGAGGAAUUUACUCAUAAAUGUCGGGAAAAUAAGUUCAUAGUGAGGGAUUUCAAGUGGGACGAUAGUGCUUUGGAGAAGCAGAAAAGAGAGUUGAAGGAGCUCGAGCAGGAGGAGAAGGAAUUAUGGACUGAACUACUUCGACUGUCCAGAAUAAACUUCUCUGAAGCGUACCAAAUCCUCGCCCACUUGAAGACGGUCCGUCUGUUUGUCGAAUCUGUCCUUCGCUACGGUCUACCUGCCGAUUAUGCAGGAGUAAUAGUCAAGCCGGAUCCCAAAACAGCCAUGAAAACCCUCCGCACACUCUCCACUCACUACACAUAUCUCGCCUCGGCAUCAAGAGGUCCAUCAACCCGUCAAGGCAAAUCAGGCGCUGCAACGGCUAACACCGAGGAUGUAGGUGGAGAAUGGGCCAGUGUCAUGGAAGCGGAGUUUUACGACUUUGUAUUGUUUGAAUUACCAAAAGUUCUCGAUGUGUAGACGACAUGAGUGGCAUUGCAUAGGUUUACGAAUAUG